UAAAUAUAGUCACUAUCUAGGCCGGGUCUCAUCCAUAUAUAGACUGACUGAUUAAUUCCAUAGACGCCUGCCGGCUCUCGCUCAUCGAACAGCUAAUAAGAUUAUUGGAGUUUGAAGAAGAGGUCGGAAUUAUAUAUUUCUCCGAUCCGGCGGCCGGCCGGCCAUACGGAAUAAAUCAUCUAUGGUAAUAAUGGAGGGGGAGAAUUCGAGAUUGGGGAGCAGCAGGUCUCAAGGAAGCCGCAGGAUGAGCAGAAGCGGGAGCAGAGUGGGGUGGAGCGUGGAGGACGUGUUCUCGUCGGUGAGCGUGCGGCGGAGCACCAGGGCGGAGGAGGACGAGGAGGCCCUCCGGUGGGCGGCUCUGGAGAAGCUGCCGACGUACGACCGGCUGCGGAAGGCGGUGCUGAAGUCGUUCGUGGAGGAGGAGGAUGACGGGAAAGUGGUGCACAAGGAGAUCGACGUACGGAAGCUGGACAUGAACGUCCGGCAAAACUUCAUCGAUCGGAUGUUUAAGGUUGCCGAGGAGGAUAACGAGCGCUUCUUGAAAAAGCUCAGAAACCGCAUCGAUAGAGUUGGGAUUAGUCUGCCAACGGUGGAGGUAAGAUUUGAGAAUCUGAAUGUGGAGGCUGAUUGCUACGUUGGAGAUAGAGCCCUUCCCUCCCUCCUCAACACCCUCAGAAACCUUGCUGAGGCUGCAAUCGGCUUUCUCGGCAUUACUUUGGCUCCAAAAACUAAACUCACCAUCCUUAAACAUGCUUCUGGUAUCAUUAAACCAUCCAGGAUGACAUUGUUAUUAGGGCCACCAUCAUCAGGGAAAACGUCUCUUUUGUUGGCUCUAGCGGGAAAGUUGGACCCUGCCUUGAAGGUAAAGGGAGAGAUAACAUACAAUGGUUACAAGCUGAGGGAGUUUGUAGCACAAAAGACGUCGGCAUACAUCAGUCAAAAUGAUGUUCACGUCGGUGAAAUGACUGUUAAAGAAACCUUAGAUUUCUCGGCCAGAUGUCAAGGAGUUGGUUUCCGAUAUGAACUCUUGGCCGAACUUGCUAAGAGGGAAAGAGAAGCUAAGAUUUUACCCGAUGCUGAGAUCGAUCUUUAUAUGAAGGCAACUGCAGUUGAAGGGGUUAAUGAAAGUCUUGCCACAGAUUACACGCUCAGGAUCUUGGGACUAGAUGUGUGCCGUGACACGAUCGUUGGAGACGAAAUGAUAAGAGGAAUUUCAGGUGGUCAAAAAAAGCGGGUGACAACCGGGGAGAUGAUAGUUGGGCCAACGAAGACGCUAUUCAUGGACGAGAUAUCAACGGGGCUGGACAGCUCAACCACAUUCCAGAUAGUGAAAUGCCUGCAGCAGAUCGUGCACUUGACGGAGGGGACGAUGCUCAUGUCGCUGCUGCAGCCGGCGCCGGAGACGUUUGAUCUCUUCGAUGACAUCAUCCUGCUGUCCGAAGGCCAGAUUGUGUACCAAGGCCCAAGAGCCCACAUCCUUCCCUUCUUUGAGUCUUGUGGGUUCAAAUGCCCCCACAGAAAAGGCACUGCUGACUUCUUGCAAGAGGUUACGUCAAGAAAGGAUCAAGAACAAUAUUGGGAAGACAGGGAAAAGCCAUACAGAUUCAUAUCUGUAAAAGAAUUCGGGAGAAGGUUCAAGACUUUCCAUGUUGGUUUACGUCUAGAUAACGAACUCUCGGUUCCGUAUGACAAAUCCAGAAACCACAAAGCAGCUCUGGUGUUCAAGAGAUACACAGUCCCCACAAAAGAGCUUCUGAGGGCCAAUUUCGACAAAGAAUGGCUGUUGAUCAAGAGGAACUCUUUUGUGUACAUUUUCAAAACCGUUCAGAUCAUCAUAGUAGCCAUCAUUUCAUCCACCGUCUUCUUCAGGACCAGGUUGCAUACCAGGAAUGAGGACGACGGAGGGGUGUACGUCGGCGCUCUGCUCUUCGGGAUCAUCACCAACAUGUUCAAUGGGUUUUCUGAACUGUCCAUGACCAUUCAGAGGCUUCCCGUCUUCUACAAGCAGAGGGAUCUUCUUUUCCACCCCCCUUGGGCUUUCACUCUUCCUACCUUUCUGUUAAAGGUUCCCAUAUCUGUGUUUGAGACAACUGUUUGGAUGGUCACCACAUACUAUACCAUUGGUUUAGCCCCUGAAGCUAGCAGGUUCUUCAAGCAAUUCAUGGUGAUCUUUCUCAUCCAGCAAAUGGCUUCUGGAUUAUUUAGGCUUAUUGCAGCGCUAUGUAGGACUAUGGUCAUUGCCAACACGGGUGGAGCUUUAAGUCUCCUCUUCAUCUUCCUUUUGGGCGGAUUCAUCCUUCCUAAAGGUUCAAUCCCGGACUGGUGGGGUUGGGGCUAUUGGGUUUCUCCUUUGAGCUACGCGUUUAAUGCUAUAACUGUCAACGAGAUGUUUGCUCCUAGAUGGAUGAAAACAUUGACUUUGAACAACACAAGAUUGGGGCUUAAAGUGAUGAGGAACUUUGAUGUGUUCCCCGAAAAGAGAUGGUUUUGGAUCGCUUCUGCUGCACUUUUGGGGUUCACUUUUCUCUUCAAUAUAUUAUUCACCUUCGCACUCACAUACCUCAACCCUCUUGAACAGAAACAAGCCGUAAUAUCCAAAAAACAGGCAAAGGAAAUGGAGAAUGAUCAAGAAGAGUCCACAGAAUCCCCAAGACUAAGAGCAACAAAGUCAAGAAAAGAUGCGCUACCACAUUCACUCUCCGCAUCCGAUGGAAACAACACAAGAGAAAUGGAAAUUCAGCGCAUGAGUAGUCGUGCCAAUAGAAGUAGCCUUAGUAGUAGGAAUGCAGAUUUGAGCAUUGAGUCUACAAAUGGUGUUUCUCCAAAGAAAGGAAUGGUUCUACCAUUUACACCCUUAGCCAUGUCCUUUGAUGACGUAAAAUAUUUUGUUGACAUGCCUGCCGAAAUGAGAGAUCAAGGAGUGACUGAGGAUAGACUCCAAUUAUUGAAGGGUGUAACCGGUGCAUUUAGGCCUGGCAUUUUGACUGCAUUGAUGGGAGUCAGUGGGGCAGGAAAGACUACACUGAUGGAUGUUUUAGCUGGACGAAAGACUGGUGGUUACAUUGAAGGGGACAUCAGAAUAUCAGGAUUCCCAAAGAAGCAAGAAACAUUUGCUAGAGUCUCUGGUUACUGUGAACAGAAUGACAUACACUCACCUCAAGUGACUGUUCAUGAAUCUUUAAUAUUUUCAGCUUUUCUUCGGCUACCUAAAGAAGUCAGCAAAGAGGACAAAAUGAUUUUCAUAGAUGAGGUGAUGGAUCUAGUUGAGCUGGAAAACCUUAAGGAUGCAAUUGUAGGGAUACCCGGAGUGUCUGGUCUGUCUACUGAACAGAGGAAGAGGUUGACCAUUGCAGUUGAGUUGGUGGCCAAUCCUUCAAUUAUAUUCAUGGACGAACCCACUUCUGGUCUUGAUGCAAGAGCAGCAGCCAUUGUUAUGAGAACGGUCAGAAACACCGUUGACACAGGAAGAACUGUUGUGUGCACCAUUCAUCAACCUAGCAUUGAUAUUUUUGAAGCAUUUGAUGAGUUGUUGCUUAUGAAAAGAGGAGGUCAAGUUAUCUAUGCAGGGCCGUUAGGCCGGCACUCUCGAAAAAUUAUAGAGUAUUUUGAGUCGGUGCCUGGAGUCCCUAAUAUCACAGAGAAUUACAAUCCAGCUACCUGGAUGUUAGAAGUGAGUUCAGUCUCUACAGAAAUCCGACUUGGAAUGGAUUUUGCCGAACACUACAAAAGAUCAUCUUUGCACCAACGAAAUAAGGAACUUGUGAAAGAGUUGAGUACCCCUCCUCCUGGAGCAAAAGACCUAUAUUUUGCAACCCAAUAUUCUCAGUCAACAUGGGGUCAAUUCAAAUCCUGCAUCUGGAAGCAGUGGUGGACUUAUUGGAGGAGUCCAGAUUACAAUCUUGUUCGGUACUUCUUCACUUUGGUUGCAGCGCUCAUGAUUGGCACGAUCUUUUGGGAUAUUGGAGGCAAAAUAAAAACUGGAAGUGACCUAAUGACCGUUAUUGGAGCUAUGUAUGCUGCUGUACUGUUUGUUGGGAUCAGUAAUUGCUCAACUGUACAGCCCAUAGUGUCCACUGAGAGAACUGUGUUUUAUCGCGAAAAAGCUGCUGGAAUGUAUUCAGCAUUACCAUAUGCUAUGUCACAGGUCAUUUGUGAAAUACCAUAUGUUAUUGUUCAAACUUCAUAUUACACUCUCAUAGUAUAUGCCAUGGUGGGAUUUAAAUGGACAGCAGCUAAGUUUUUCUGGUUCUUCUUUGUGACAUUCUUCUCUUUCCUCUACUUCACAUACUAUGGGAUGAUGACCGUUUCCAUCACACCAAACCACCAAGUGGCCGCCAUCUUUGCAGCAGCAUUCUAUGCACUCUUCAACCUUUUCUCCGGUUUCUUCAUCCCCAGACCUAAAAUUCCGAAGUGGUGGAUUUGGUACUAUUGGAUUUGUCCUGUGGCGUGGACUGUAUAUGGGUGCAUUGUUUCACAGUAUGGCGAUGUUGAAGACACAAUUAAGGUUCCAGGGAUGACUUAUGAUCCUAUGAUUAAAGAUUACAUCAAAGAUCAUUUUGGAUAUGAACCAGACUUCAUGGGACCAGUUGCUGGAGCUCUAGUUGGUUUUGCAGUGUUCUUUGCAUUCAUGUAUUCUUAUUGUAUUAAGACAUUGAACUUCCAACUUAGAUAGAUAUGAUACUAAAUAGCAUAUAAUUAAAUAGCACAUGUGUCUUGUUAUGUGUAAAUAAAUAGUAUAAAAUGUAAUGGUUUGAUUACUUCGAUAGGAACGAAAUCAAUUAUAGCAGUUGCUACAUAGUAUUGUAGUCUGUGGAACGGUUAAACGUCCAGACUCUGUUGGUGAUUUUAGUGUCACCGGCCAUUUUGUGUAAUUGGAAAUGACAUGAGUGCCA